AUGCCCUUGCGUAAGCAUGCGAAGCCUCCUCCAAGGUUCACUUUCGUGAUACCGGAAUUCGAAGGGAAUCAAAUGAGAUGGUUGAAAACCCAUUCCGACGCAACAAGAAGCCACGCCGCGUACUGGAGCGGCCCUGCAAAGCGUCAGUGGCAGGUUGGCAAGGAGAGAAAGCAGAAGCAAGAUAACGCCAACGUACCUAAACACGAUGCGGAUGAGCGCUUUGAAUCCCAGGGCGUCGAGUCUGAAGGUCGCGACUCUGAAUUUUCGACUACCCAAUCCAGGCGGACAACAAAGCGAGCGAAAAAGAAGGGUUUACCACUGAGGCAGGACGAUGCAACACCGCCUCACAUCGCACCUAUGGUCACACGAUAUCUUUCUGCUAUCACAUCCGAGGCGAAAUCGACGAGCUCCUUUUCGGCCGAUGUGGCAGCGUUGAGAUUCUAUAAUGUCGAGUUUGUGAGGAGAUUUGUCAUGGUUGACAAUGAAGACAGUGCCAUGAUGUUUAGUAGCUGCCUAAUGGUAGGCUAUGCUCAUUACAUAGCACUAACAGGACAAGGGACAACGACAACAUUGCUGGAAUUGAAGAGUCAAGUUAUCCGCUACUUGACUUCCAAGAUGAACUCCCCAGACGCAUUGCUAAGUCCUCGCUGUCUGGUUGCCAUACUGGCACUGGGAGCUCCCAUUGUAUGUCUGGUCUCCAGAGACUUUCCAAGAGGGCUCAGCAUCAGAGAGUACAUCAAUGUAACUCUGGAAGAAGAUUACUUAUGCAAUGAAGAGUCUGCAGUUGUAGCUCUAAGCUCGUACAACGAACAAAGACUUCACCGGCAAGCACUACGCAGACUACUUUUGAGAACGAAGACCGGUUUCCAGGAUGGGGACAGCAUCGCGCUACUUCAGUACAUCUCUAACUACAUGAAACUUUCCAUCUCUAUAGAGGCCGCUGAUUAUCUACAUACCCCUUCAGCAGACAUUGAGACACUAUUUCCAGUGACGGGUUUAUCUCAUGACUGCCCUAUUGCCGAGCAAUGGAUAUCACCUCUCACUCUUCAGUGGAUCGACAAGACCUCUACGGUACACAUUGAGGCCCAAAUGCUGCUACUUGCGAGGCUGGUGCACAGUUGGCUUGCGACAUUCUCUGACGAUGGGAAACAAGGAUCAGGGUCCACCGUGGAGGUACUACAAAUGAGAGCAAAUCUCCGUCAACAAAUUGAAAGUUUUACACCUGCGGCAAAGGGCCAAUACGAGGAAGCUGAAGCCAUGUAUGAGUGCUGCCGACGAGCAACGCUGGUAUUGCUGGCCGCUGAACGGCUGCGCAUUCCCAUUUAUGCCGCGGCGAAGCACGUGGAAACCAGGCCAAAAAUCACGAAGCUGUUCCGUAAGACUGAUCUGGCAAACCUUUGGGGAAACCACAUAGGCUUGCUGUUUUGGGUUGCCGCAACAUGUCAAUUUGCAACUGCGGGUCACUGUUUUCCUCUCUUGUGUACAACGCUUCUGGCGAGGCUGGUACAGGAGCUUUCGCUGUCGGACCUGUACACCGAGGUGGCUAUUGCUUCUCUCAAACGACUGAAGCGGUUUGAAUCGUCAUGCUGUUCUGUUGGAAUCUGGUCCAGGAACUACUGCGAGCAGAUCUCGAGUAUUGGGGCGGGCUUAUAG